AUGGAAUUCGAUAAGUACGCCAAAGAUUGUUAUCAAUUGCGGCAAUGCUCCUUGAAAUUCAUAUUCUUGAUUGCUCUAGCUUUCAUGAUUCUUUCUCGUGCAGCUGCAUACGACCCAUUGGAUCCAAAUGGAAACAUAACCAUCAAAUGGGACGUAAUGUCUUGGACACCAGACGGUUAUGUGGCUACAGUAACCAUGAGCAACUUCCAAUUGUACCGGCACAUCAUGAGCCCUGGCUGGACUCUAUCGUGGUCAUGGGCUAAGAAAGAAGUGAUAUGGUCGAUGGUGGGGGCUCAAACCACAGAGCAAGGAGACUGUUCUAAGUUCAAGGGAAACAUACCACAUUGCUGUAAAAAGACCCCCACAGUUGUAGACCUGCUUCCUGGAGUCCCUUACAACCAGCAAUACUCCAAUUGUUGUAAGGGCGGUGUACUGGCAGCUUGGGGUCAAGAUCCUACAGCUUCAAUCUCAGCCUUUCAGGUGAGUAUUGGACAGGGCGGAACAUCAAAUAAAACAGUGAAACUGCCCAGGAACUUCACUUUGCUUGGCCCAGGACCAGGGUAUACUUGUGGACCUGCAAAGGUAGUGCCAUCUACGGUCUUCCUGACACCUGACCGUAGGCGAAAAACCCAGGCCCUCAUGACAUGGAAUGUGACCUGUACCUACUCGCAGUUUCUAGCCUCCAAAAAUCCAACCUGCUGCGUUUCUUUCUCGUCUUUCUACAACGAAACAAUCACUCCUUGCCCGACCUGCGCUUGCGGUUGCCAGAACAAGAACAGCUGUGUCAAGAGUAACUCAAAGCAAGCACACAGAAAGGGGAUAAACACACCAAAGAAGGACAAUUCACCAUUGCUACAGUGCACACACCAUAUGUGCCCUAUUCGAGUGCACUGGCAUGUGAAGGUCAAUUAUAGAGACUACUGGCGUGCAAAGGUUGCGGUAACUAAUUUCAACUACCGGUUGAACUACACACAGUGGACUCUUGUUGUUCAGCAUCCAAAUCUCAACAAUGUCACUAAAGUCUUCAGCUUUGAUUACAAACCUCUCAUACCAUAUGAAUCCAUAAAUGAUACCGGUAUGUUCUUUGGCAUGAAGUUCUACAAUGACCUUCUAAUGGAAGCUGGCCCUUUUGGAAAUGUCCAGUCUGAGGUGCUUCUUCAGAAGGAUAAGAACACUUUUAGCCUGAAACAGGGAUGGGCAUUUCCAAGGAAGGUCUACUUCAACGGUGAAGAAUGCAUGCUUCCCCCACCUGACACAUAUCCAUAUCUGCCAAAUUCUGCCUAUGCAAAUCCAACUGCAAUCUUAGCGAUGGCAGCUUCCUUGCUUUUGAUAUUACUGUCAUUGUGGUGA